AUGUUUUAACCGAUAUAAAUUUUAUAAAAUCCACUGUUGGAUUGAAAGUUUAUAUCAUAUAGAUUUUGUAUAAAAUUUCAGACAAAUCCAAAAUCAUUUGAUAUGUUAUUGCAACACAUAAAAAUUAAUGAGUAAAAUAAUUUUAUAUACUCCCUCCGUCCCAAAAUGAGUGAGUCAUUUUGACUAUAUGCACUAUUUACAUAUCUUGUUUUGACCUUAUUUUUUUACUGAUAAAUAAAAACAAAUAUUAGCAUAUAAGAUGUUGGAUUCAUCUCGAUGAGUAUUUUCAAAAUAUCAUAUUUUUAUAAUUUUUACUAUUAUACAAUUAAAAAUAUUAAUCGUGAAAGUUAUGCAUUGACAUGCGUAACACAGUCAGCACGGAAUUAGUAAAUUAAAUUCUUGGGAGUAGACCCGCAUGCAUGGGACAAUGACUAGUUGGCAAAAAUAUUAAUGAGUGAAUAAUCAAUCUACCACCAUAAGCAAAGCGAAGCUUUGUAAGAGUUGACUGACUUGAAAUCCUCUCAUCAUCCAAAACAGUGAGUCAAUGUCUUCAUCAUCAUCAUCCUCCACUUCUCAAUGGAUCUACGACGUUUUCCUUAGCUUCAGGGGGGAAGACACACGUCGUAACUUCGUUUCUCAUCUCCACAAAGCCCUGUUAGAUGCCAGAAUCAACACUUUUCUGGACGAUAAAAAGCUUGAAAAGGGAACUGAGCUGGGACCAGAACUAACGCGAGCAAUAAAAGGUUCUCGUAUUUCCAUCGUUGUUUUCUCCAAAAACUAUAUCAGAUCUAGUUGGUGUCUUAAAGAGCUUGUACAAAUCAUGGCAUGCGCUAAAAACUGUGACCAGGUGGUGGUUCUGCCCAUAUUUUACCACGUUGACCCAUCUCAUUUGCGUUAUCAGAAAGAUGGUUAUGGAAAAGCUUUGCAAGCUUCUGCAAAAGGGAGGAAACAUUUGUUGAACGAUUGGAAGAUUGCACUAACCGAAGCUGCAACAAUUAUCGGUUGGGAUGCCAAAAAUGUUGGGACCGAUGUUGAGCUAAUUUCUCAAAUUGUUGCCGACAUUAAGAGAAAGCUAAACAGCAAAUUAUUGAAUAUUACUAAAUAUCCAGUUGGAUUGGAUACCCGUGUGCAACAAGUGAUUCGGUUAAUUGAAAACCGAUCAAGUGAAGUUUGCAUGAUAGGGAUUUGGGGGAUGGGUGGAUCGGGUAAAACAACAACAGUCACAGCUAUCUACAACCAAUUUCAAUGCAAAUUUGAGAAUCAUGGUUUCAUUGAGAAUAUUAGAGAAGUAUGUAAUGGAGGUGUUAAAGGGAUUAAACAAUUACAGAAACAACUUCUUGCAGAUGUUCUGAAAUCAAAUGAGAAAAUAUACGGCACUGCAUCCGGGAUAACAACAAUUGAGAAAAGAUGUACGGGGAAAAGGGCUCUCAUUGUACUCGAUGACGUGAGCACAUUUGAUCAAGUAGAAGCCCUGUGUGGAAAUCGUAAAUGUUUUGGUGCGGGAAGUGUAUUGAUUGUUACAUCCAGGGAUGUAAACAUACUUAAGAAACUUAAAGUUGACUAUAUCUAUAGCAUAAAGGAAAUGGAUGAAAUCAAGUCCCUUGACCUUUUCAGUUGCCAUGCUUUUGGACAACGACGUCCAAUUGAAGGCUUCAGUGAACUCUCAGAAAAGAUAGUUGCUUGCUGUGGAGGAUUACCACUGGCUCUUGAAGUCAUUGGAUCUUCCUUACAUGACAGGACAAUACAAGAAUGGGAAAGUACACUAUCAACAUUGGAGAAAAUUCCUGAUGAUCAAGUGCAUAAGAAACUGAGAAUAAGCUAUGAUGGUUUAAAGAAUAAUACAGAAAAGGAUAUAUUUCUUGACAUAUGUUGUUUCUUUAUUGGUGAGGAUAGAGCCUAUGUUACAGAGAUACUAAAUGGCUGUGGACUUUUUGCUGAUAUUGGAAUAACUGUUCUCAUUGAGCGGAGCCUCGUAAAAGUUGAAAAGAAUAACAAACUGGGAAUGCAUGGUUUGCUACGAGACAUGGGAAGAGAAAUUGUGUGUGAAAAAUCAACAAAACUGCUUGGGAAGCGUAGUCGGUUGUGGUUUCAUGAGGAUGCACAUAAAGUAUUGACAGAAAAUACUGGAACAGAAACUGUGGAAGGAUUGGUUUUGGUGUCGCAAAGCACCAGCAAUGUUUGUAUCAAAACUGAGGCUUUCAAGGAGAUGAAAAAUUUGAAACUUUUACGACUUGAUCAUGUUGAUCUUACUGGAGCUUUUAAGUAUCUUUCUAAAGAACUGAGAUGGCUCCAUUGGCAGAGAUUUACUCGCGAAUAUAUACCUGAUGACUUUUAUCUGGGAAAUCUAGUUGUUUUUGAGUUAAAACACAGCAAUAUUAAACGAGUUUGGAAUGAAACCAAGUUGAUGGACAAGCUGAAAAUUCUCAAUCUCAGUCAUUCCAAGUACUUGACAAGCACUCCUGACUUUUCAAAAUUACCAAAUCUAGAAAAGCUCAUUAUGGAGGACUGUCCACACUUGUCUGAGGUACACCAGUCCAUUGGGGAUCUGAGCAAACUUCUUCUGAUAAAUUUGAAAGACUGUACAAGUCUUAGCAAUCUCCCAGAGAAGAUAAAUCAGUUGACGUCUUUGACAACUCUCAUCCUUUCUGGUUGUUCAAAGAUUGACAGGUUGGAAGAAGGCAUAGUGCAAAUGGAAUCCUUGACAACACUGGCCAUAAAUGAUACAGGUGUGAAAGAGGAGCCAUAUUCUGUGGUAAGAUUGAACAACAUCGGGUAUAUAUCUCUAUGUGGAUGUGAAGGAUUAGCACAAGAUGUUUUUUAUUCUUUCAUUCGGUCUUGGAUGUCACCAACAAUGAAUUUGCCCCUUAGUAACUCGGACUUUCUAACACCAAUAGUUAGGAGCCUUCAACAACUCAGAACUGUUUGGAUACAGUGCCACUCAGAGAAUCAACUAACUCAAGAAUUAAAAAUAAUUUUUGAUCAAUUUGAUAUUAAUUCUACUGAAUCAGAAGCAUUGCCAGUCCCAAAUGAUUCCUUGAGAUCGCAUUUGAUUGGAAUGAGAAGAUUCUCCACAGUCAUCUCCACAGUCAUGGAUACUCUUGGCAAGAGCGUAUCACAGGGACUAACAACCAAUGAUUCGAGCAAUUUUUUCCUUCCUGGUGGCAAUCAUUCUUCUUGCUUAGCCUAUACAGGUGUAGGACCUUCAGCACCAUUUCAAGUUCCUAAGGAUAUUGAUUGUCGCAUGGAGGGAAUAGUCUUACGUGUUGUUUAUUCAUCAACAUUUGUAAAGCUGGCAGAUGAAUGCCUUACUAGUGUCUUGAUUGUUAAUUACACAAAGUGCACCAUCCAUAUUUACAAGCGAGACAUAAUCAUGUCCUUUAAUGAUGAAGAUUGGAAGAAUUUAACAUCAAAUCUAGGACCUGGUGAUGAUGUGAAGAUUUAUGUAGCUUUUGGGCAUGGAUUGAUUGUUAAGAAGACAAUUGUGUAUCUAGUAUCUGGCCAGUCUAUUAUUGUGGAAGUUGAUGAUGCUAACAUGGAAGUGGAGCCACCAGAGGAAGUGAACGUGCUGCCGUCCCCCGAAGUAAAGGUGAAGCAAUCACCAAAGCCCAAUAAAAGUAAAUUUACAAGACUAGGUGCAUUUUUACGCUUGAACUAGCAUAGAAAUAGAGGUUUGAACAAUUUUUGAUUGGACAUGCCUUUGCCAUAAAUGGGAUUUCCUUGUUUCAUGUUUGGCAAUAUUUUUAUGGAGGGAGGAGACACAGCCCUAAGUUUUUUAUAGAUAAAAUAAAAAGGAAAUUCAUGUGCUUACUAUCUGUUUUAAUGGAUUUGGAUAUAAAGCCAUAAUUCAACUUGAGCCAGAAUGUGAACACUAGCGCAACGGGCAAUGACAUUCUCUUCAAUGGGAAGGUAGCAAAUAUUGAGGAAGCGGUUCACGGGACUAAGAGGGUGUCGGGGUCUAAUCCACUGCCUUGCUUUCAUUGUAUCUGAUUAGAACUUUAUGUGGUUGGAGAUACUUUUUCGUGAUGUCCAGAGGCUGUUCUGUUAUUGUAUUUGCUGGUGCAGGAGCUAGUGUCUUCAUGUUGUCUCAGCAUUUAUUUCUAGCAGAUUAGGACUUGUUGCCGUAACAUGAAGAAUUGGGACAAAGACUUUCAAGUUGUCCAUGGUUUUCUUUUCUGCCAAAGUUGCACUUGUAGCAGGUUUCUUGUUAUAAGGAUGUAUUGUUGCUAGCUUUCUGUUGUUUCAGGCAAUUUUGCUAAUUUUCUGCUGAA